AUGCCCAUUUUAUAUUCCGUAAUAUCCCGAGGCGUUACGGUUUUGGCAAAGUAUGCCGAGUGUGUGGGUAACUUCGCCGAGGUAACCGACCAGAUAAUAUCUAAGAUCGCAUUAGAUAACCACAAACUCACCUACUCUCAUGGUGAUUACCUGAUCCAUUACGUUUGUGAAAAUAAGUUGAUCUAUAUGUGUAUUACGGACAGUGAGUUUGAGCGAGCCAGGGCUUUCCUAUUCCUAGCUGAUAUUAAACAGAAAUUCAUUCACACAUAUGGACUGCAAGUGGCUACUGCGAUCGCUUAUGCUAUGAACACAGAAUUUUCAAAAGUCCUCGCUCAGCAGAUGACCUUCUUUAGCCAGUCUGUCGAAAUAGACGCCAUUUCACGUGUACACGGUCAAAUUGACGAACUAAAGGACAUCGUUGUGAAAAAUAUUGACAAUCUCAGAGAUCGUGGCGAAAAGUUGGAAUUGCUUGUAAAUAAAACUGAAAAUUUAAGCAACAAUUCUGUGGCAUUCCGAAAAGCGUCCAGAAACUUGGCAAGACAAAUGUUUUGGAAAAACAUCCGCCUCUAUGUGGUUGUUGGGCUAAUAAUAAUAUUUGUGGUGUAUGUUAUUGUCAGCAUGGCCUGUGGGGGACUAGCAUGGAAAGGUUGCUUGAAAUAA